AUGUUGAGCAAUAACGAAGAGCUCGACAAGAAGAGGCUGACACCUCGAGGAUUCGGGUUUUUGAGAAUGAAUCCUCCAAGUUUCAUUGGUUCGAGUACUACAGAGGAUCCGGAGAAUUUAGUUGAGGAUUUGAAGAAGGAUUUUGAUGUGAUAUGCAUCGUUGAUGCGGAAAGAGUUGAACUAGAUGCAUACUAUCUGAAUAAUAAUUUCAUAGCUAGACCAGCGCAGUCUCAAGAAAGUGUGACACAUAGACAUAGCUCGGCUCCUACAUGUGCUAAUUGUUGUAGAACCCACCCAGGUAAAUGUCGUGAUGGACAUACAUAUUACUUCAACUGUGGUCAAGAAGGUCACUUCAUUAGAGUGGGCCCUAAGAACAUGCAAGGUAGUGGAAAUCUGGCAAACAGAGCUCAAUCUUCAUUAGUUGCUCAACCAAACAAAGCUGCACCUAGAGGAGCCACUUCAGGUAUUGAUGGAGGGGUAAACCAUCUAUAUGCAAUCACUAGCCGCCAUGAUCAAGAGAACUCACUAGAUGUUUUCACUAGUAUGAUCAAAGUCAUUACUUUUGAUGUGUAUGCUUUGCUAGAUGUAGGAUCAAUUUUGUCUUUUGUUACUCCUUAA